AUGGAAGAUAUUGAAAUAACCUUUGGAAACAUUAAUAAUCAAGAUACAAAAUUAAUAGAAAAAGAUAAAGAAAUCAUUACACCUCUGGAUGAUACAACUUCUCUUUCUGACACUGUGCCAACAAAAAACAACACAUUGAUUGAAUUUCAGACACGAAAGACUGCUUAUGUUGCAAUUGCCCCUUAUGAUACUGUCAAAGGGAAAACAACAAAAGACAAAUAUCAAUCAAUAAACAAAAUUUUCAAUCAUCUUGAUAAUUAUACAGGACCUACAAUAAAAUCAAUCAAAAAAGACAAAUUCAUAGCUGCAUUCUUUAAUACUCCUGAAGAUCUUAAAGCAGCUUUAGAAAUUGACAUUCCUAUUCUAGACAAAGAACCAUACAGAUUCCUCGCACUUGAUAAUAUUAAACAAUCAUCAACUCAAGAGGCAGUCACUGACGAAAAAUCCCGAACUAUACAGGUUAUAGACAUCCGCCUUGGUACACCAACAUCUACAGUUCGUGCUAAAUUUUCAAAAUUUGGGGAAAUUGAAAACAUAACUCCACAAACAC